AUGAGGCAGACACGGGUCUUCCAGGUUACCUGUACACUUCAUGCUCCUGGGGAUUACAAUCGAUGGGAUUAUUCCCAGCUGGAACCAGAGCGAUCCAGGAGAGAAGACAUGUUCUCAGGAAAGAGCAAAUUAGGGUCUGAUGAUGAAGAUCCCUUUAGUGCUUCCAGGACCUCUGGCAGUUCAAAAAGCUCUUCCAAGUCUUCUCGAACCCGAAAGAGACCUGAGCCUUUAAGGAAGACUGUUAGCAAGCCUGCUCGAGGACUCCAGAAGUUUUCCGCCAGAAGGAUAAAUCAAUCGUCUUCCUCAAGAGAAAGCACAUAUUCUGAUUUGCAGUCAGAAAUUCAUGAUGACGUGCUCAGGCAAAAGGAUUUAUGGAGCAAACAGCGGGGCACCCUGAAAAAGAGGCUAAAGAUUGCUUACCUUCCCAGAGAGUCACACCCAGCCUGUCGUGGUCCUGAGUUCACCUGGCAUCUCUUGAAUAUCAACGGACGCAGCCCACUAAUUCAGCACUUCCUCCAGAAUCGCAAUUGUGAACCAAAGGCAGGAUGUGACAUCUUUGUGUCUAGGAGAGAGAUUUGCGGGCCUGUGCCUGCCUCUGCUGAGACAUAUGCAGAUGUAAUCAAACAAAGUUUCAGCAUCCUCCGCCAGAGCCGCAAGGCUUAUAGAAAGGCAUAUUUGAGACACUGGAGAGAAAUGAAGAAUUUUAACCAGCAGUGGAAGGAGAACCAAGAGCUUUUCAGACAGGAGGAACAAGAAGAGAUUAAGAAAAAAAACGCAGAAAAGAAGAAAGAAUUGCUUUCUCUUCGCCCAGAUGCACUGGAUGCUUCACGCAAGAUUUCAAACUUGUUACCAAAAAUCUGCAUCCAGGAACCUGAUUUAACAUGAGUCCAUUGUAACAAUUCAGAGAGAUCUUUUCUUGUAGCUGAAUGGGUAUAAAAAUACACUUUUCAGAUUAAGUACAAAUCAGGUAUAUUUGGUGUCAGCAGUUAUAAUGAUCAUUCCUUUCUCUGCUUUAUAGAGGAGAUACUGGAAGAAAAAAAUAGAUUUUGUACAAAGAGAUGCAAAUACAUUACUAAUUACAAACACUUCCAAUUAAAAAUCAAGG